AUGCCUGCUCCCACAGCGCUCCAGCGCACUUCCGAAGCCCCCUCAGAGGCCGAACCCGACGUCCUCCCUCUUCCUCCCAGCACGAGCGAGAGCGACGAGAAUCUGGACGUCGACAUUAUUACCGCACCCCAGCCCUCUGAAUCCGAUGUGCCUGCCCAGGUCACUGGAGACACGGCCAUGCAAAUAGAUGAAGAGGGAAGACCCCGAUUUGCACCAGCAUCCUCGCACCCAGAGUCCCCGACCGCUCUCCGAAUACAGUCGCGCAAAGUGCCGAUACCUCCACAUCGUAUGUCGCCGUUAAAGACGAACUGGCCCAAAAUCUACCCUCCUCUUGUCGAGCACCUCAAGUUACAAGUACGAAUGAACAUCAAAUCCAAAGCGGUCGAACUGCGCACAUCAAAGUUCACCACGGACGCCGGGGCGUUGCAGAAGGGCGAAGACUUUGUCAAGGCUUUUACUCUUGGCUUCGAUGUUGACGAUGCGAUUGCCCUGUUACGACUAGACGACCUUUACAUUGAGACCUUCGAAGUCAAAGACGUAAAGACUUUGCAGGGUGACCAUCUUGGCCGUGCGAUCGGUCGAAUAGCGGGCAAGGACGGCAAGACCAAAUUCGCGAUUGAGAACACCACCAAGACCAGAGUGGUGUUGGCGGACAGUAAGAUUCAUAUUCUGGGAGGAUUUCAAAAUAUCCGAAUUGCACGAGAGGCCGUGGUCAGUUUGAUUUUGGGUGCGCCGCCUGGCAAGGUCUACGGCAAUUUGAGGACUGUCGCCAGCCGGAUGAAGGAGAGAUUUUGA